AUGACAACUGAAUCUCCCUCGACAAUACAGGGGGAUAUGAGUUCCUUUGCCGCUGAAUCGAUUGCCCUUGGACAAACUGGUCAUCUCCGUGAUCUCGAUAUGCUUCUACGUCCUGCCUCGCCAACCUCGGAGGUUUGGAACUCCGAAAGUCAAUACAACGACGCAUGCCGUCGCAAAAAAUAUACGCCAGACGAGACUGCAGAGUCACCUACAGUAAAGGCACAGACUGUGUUCGCACCUAGCAAUCUUGAUGGGAGUGGUUACUUUUCCUCUCGCGACGAUGACAAGGAGAAUUGUCCUCCUGGACUUGUAUUUCAGGUCGCGGUAUCCGAUACUUGCCAUCGAGUAGAGGCCAACGGUACCAUCGAUAGCGGACACGACCAACAGGUCGAAAUGGAAUUCGGCUUCCCUGUUCGCAUGCCUGUUAAAGUUACCAUUCAGCUUUCCCAGUGUUCUCCGCCGAGCUCGUCACGAAAUACCAGGCAACGCGACCAGAGGAACCAUGACGGAAACUCCGAGAUCCGAACAUCCGAGCGACGACGGCAAACCUCCGGACCAGGGCACAAGCGGCAGCGGAUUUACAACAUCAGGAGGAACAAGCGACCGGUCAUGGAAGAGUGUUGA